CGGUGUCUUGGAGGGUCGCAAACAAGUUGAAAACGAUUUUCUAAGCAUCAACACAAAUAAUAGAUUUUAUGCAUCGUUGAACAGUUCCCACUAUUGCGUUCUAUUGUAAUUUCAAUAUUCGCAGGUCGUUUGAAUCCUCGAAGAGCUUCAAGGAAAGUUGUCAUUUUCCCGAUGCUACAACAAUCGGAGCGUUAGUAUCGAUUUGUGAUGAUGAACAGGACGCUUACCAACUUCCUCAGAUUUUACUAUAUUGAUUGUGUCGUUGCCUAAAAUUGACUUUGCGGAAACGAAAGGUGGAGAUCCGUAAAUCUGCAAAGUCUAGCAGAUCUGGCGCGUUCGGAGAAGGCAGUCAUCAUCACUUGCUGUAUAACUUGAUAACCCGCCUAAAUUGUAUUGGAUUCUAUUACAAACCAAGCUGAUUAGAUCUGGUUUGUUGGUAUCGGUUAGCCCUGUUCUCUCGAGAAAGGAAAUCGCUGUUCAAGUUUUUGUCCAGAAAGCUGUACAAGGUUACUGAAUUCAAGCAUAGAUGAAUUUUCACCACCGGCCUAAUACGACUGGAUGAAAAACUGUUGCUUCAUCACCUUCCUCGUUUGAUGUUUUCACGCAGUUUCCCAGCCACGCUCAGACGUAAAUUUAAAAGCUGCUGGAAAUCACAAACUUUGUGGCUUUCCUAGCGGUCCUGUGAUUCUGUUAUAGUUAGGAAAAGUAGCUCACUUGUCGUGCAGACAUGACUCGGCUGCUGUGGUUUAUAGUAUCGAUUUCAAUCGUAAAAAUAGUUUCUGGACAAGAUAUACCAAAGUUUCUUGUGGAACCAUCAGAUACAAAUGUCGUAGAAUACAGCACUGCAGAAAUAGCAUGCUCAACCACUGGCAACCCAGCUCCCACAGUCACCUCCUGGAUGAAAGAUGGUGUGCAUUUACGUUUUGAUGGGAGUAAAUCAAUUCUUACCAGUGGAACACUUAGAAUAUCCUUUGUUUCAAGGGCAGAUGCAGGCUAUUAUCAGUGUGUUGCCAAAAACAGAAUUGCAUCUGUGAUUUCAAAAAGAGCAAAGCUUAAUGUUGCAUAUUUUGAUCAGAUAUUUUCAUCUCCAAUUUAUGUGACAAAAAAUGGAGGGACAAGCUUUGUACAAUCUACCCCAUCUGUCUCCAUAAAUCCUUUGCCAAAGUCAGUCUAUAGGUGGAAGAAGAAUGGUGUCAAUUUAGUUGAAGACAGUAGGAUCAGUUUUUCCAAAGACAAUGGACUCUACAUUGCUGAUCUGAACUCAGCUGAUGCUGGAAGGUACACAUGUGAAGUGGAAAACCCUGUCAUGAAAGCUGCUGGUAAAUCAAAUGCACAACAAACUGUCAAAAUAGUCAUCCUCACAGUAUCUGCAAGUGAACCACGUUAUCAAGCGCCAUCUUUGUUGAAAAGCCCGAUUGACGUAACAGCACGCCAGGGACUGGAUCUGAGCAAAGUCAUGGAGUGUUUCCCCAACCGAAGUGACACAACUAUUACUUGGAGAAGAAACGGGGCAGUUUUGUACCCAAGCACGAAGUAUCGGUUUGAUUCAACUAAAAAGAGAUUAACAAUCAUGGCACCUGAGAGAACAGACGAGGGCCAAUAUUCUUGCGAGUCAGCCGUAUUGACGAACCGCGUAUCAGGGUCAGGACAGCUACACGUCAUAGUGCCACCUGCCUUUCUCACUUCCACAAUGGUGACAAACUUGUACAGUGACAACUCGACUAUGAUAUGGUGCAAUGCCACUGCUUACCCUUCAUACCAGUGGCUUUGGUUUCACAAUGCAAAGCGGGUGCUGCCAUCGGCAGACAAGGUUGUUAUGUUUUCCAAUGGCAGCCUCUUGGUGCGUAAUGUGGCAUGGGUGGAUGGUGGCGUGUAUCAGUGUGUGGCACAGAAUGACGCAGGCCAAGCAAUCGCACUGACACGGCUCAAUAUUCAGAAUAUCACUGCCAGGAUAGCCAUUCCUUUGAGAGACUCUUAUUUCCACGUCGGUUCAACUGCAGUUGUUCCAUGCUAUGCUGUUGGUGCGCCAAAGCCAAGAAUCAGAUGGCUGAGGAAUGGCCUGGCAAUCCCACCUACCAUGACUCGCAUAUCCACAACAGCGAAGGGCUAUUUGCAAAUUACCAAUUCUAUUAAGUCUGAUAGUGGCAGAUUCACGUGCGUUGCAAAUAACGAUGGGGUCGAUGCCAUGUCCACGGCCUAUGUUGGUAUCGUAGAUCCCACUGUCAUCACCAAAGGACCGAACGCAACCACCAUCGCUCAACGAGCUAUAACAGUCUGGUUACCCUGUGAAGUCAGGCAUGAUCCAACUGUCAAUGUUACUUGGGAAUGGAGAAAGAACACAGGGCGUCUGUAUGACCCACGGUAUUCGGUGCUUGCUGACGGCCGGCUUCAGAUUGUCAGUACGCAACAGGCGGAUGCUGCGACUUUUACAUGUCACGUGUUUUCUCCUGGCGGAAACGCAACCGUCAGUACAGUUCUAACGAUAGUCUCACUGCCUCUCUCGCCAUCAACUCCAACUGCCUCUAAUAUUGGGACCAACUCACUCACUUUGUCUUGGCUGGCACCAGAAGACAAUGGGGGCAUCCAACUAAAAGAUUAUGAACUUCAAAUCAAAAAUGAAACUGGGAAUGUCUUUAAAACUAUAAAAAUUGUAACUCAAUUGUCUGUUCAGCUGACGAAUCUCUUGGCGGGAGUGAAGUAUGCAUUCAGAGUUGCUGCUCGCAAUGAACUUGGCAGGGGCAGGUGGAGUGAUGAAACAACAUGGAUACCAAUGAGGAUUGAAGCUCCAUCAAGACCACCAACUAAUGUACACGUUGUUUCCACUGAGCAAACAAAAAUUGAACUUCGCUGGACGCCACCACCUUUUCAGUAUCACAAUGGCAAACUCAGAGGCUAUAAUGUUUACUACCGAGGUCAGGGCUACAAAGAUUCUGCGUUCACCAUAAGGAGAGCACCACCAGGAGCGCUAACAGACAUCUACAUAACAUACUCUUUAGACAAUCUAUUGACAUUCACAGUAUAUGAGAUCAAGGUCGCUGCAUUCAAUGACGCUGGCGUUGGCGUCCAGUCAACACAGAUAACUGCAGAGACGAAGCCUGGGAUACCGAGCGUUGCACCUACCGAGGUCUCAAUUGACGUCUUGAACGGGUCAGCUGCCAGUGUAAGCUACAAGGCGCCUAGGCAGAUAUACUGGAAUGGGCAUUUGAUAGCUAGUCGCGGGUAUGCCUAUUCACCUGAACGUCCGCUUGAUGUGUACACAUACGACGCUCCUUACAAUCACGCUACCAGAUAUAACCAAACCUUUAUUAUGAUGGGUCUUAAACCAAGUACAGAUUAUGCAUUGCGUGUUGCUGUUGUCACCGCUUCUGGAGCAGGGCCUAAAAGCAAACCUGUUUACUUCAAGAUGCAAGAGGGUAGUCCUGGAGCGCCAAGGAAUUUCAUUGUUACAGCAACGUAUGCCCAUUCUAUUCUACUGAGAUGGAGUGCCCCUUAUGUAACCAAUGGAAUUCUUCGGGGUUUUAAAGUUGGCCAUCGUAAAUAUGAACGGGAUCGAGAACCAUGGAUUCAUAGAACAACGCCUGAACCAGCCGGGUCAGGUGGUGCAGUGUAUCGUAACCUCGAAUUGAACACGAGGUAUGAAUUUUAUGUCCUUGCUUUCACAAAUGCUGGCGAUGGACCUAAAGUAUUUAUUGUUGCUCAGACGAGAGAAACAGCGCCAACACUGCCAGGACAACCUACCAAGCCAGUGUUAGUUGAAAACAACGGUACGUCGAUUACUCUGAGUUGGGUUAUGGACGAAACUGGUGGCACGUUAAUGAGUUAUUAUUUGAUAGAAGCUAACAAUCAGACUAAUUACAAGAAUUUACCAGAAGCAAGUCGCCAGUGGUAUCUUGUUGUCAAUCUUACGCGAAUCCAAGACAUUCCCACUAGGAUCAAGAACCUCACAACAAACACCGUUUAUCGUUUCCGCGUGACACCUGUCAAUUCUGUUGGUCGUGGUCCUACAAGCAACGUUUCUGAAGAUAUUCUUUCUGCGGAAUCACGUCCAUCUUCUCCACCCACGAAUCUCCGAGCGUCUGCAGUUGAUAGACAAAGCCUGCUUAUAGAAUGGGUGCCACCACCAAAAUAUACAUGGGGAAGCAGUACCAUAUUUUACAAGAUAAAACUAGUCUCGAUUGGGAAAGCUGACAGGGACGAAAGAAUUGUGCACCAGCGAGACAGUCAGGCGAGGCAAUAUACAGCAAGGGGGUUGGCCAAAUGGACCAGAUUCAAUGUAACGAUUGCUGUGUAUAACGCAGUCGGAUAUGGUCCGACAGCAUGGCCGGUCACUGCAAGGACUGCUGAAGACGUUCCGGAUAAUGGUCCAGCUACAAUCACUCCUGUAGCGGUGAGCAGCUCUGUGGUUAAUGUUUCUUGGACCCCUGUGCCUGUUGACAUUCGCAAUGGAAUUAUACUCGGAUACUAUAUAUAUUACAACAUUCGUACUGAGCCACUCGUUGUCAACCGAAAACCUAUUAUUGGCGGGAAUACCAUGGCCUCUGUCCUGACUGGAUUGGCUGGCUACGCAACCUACCAAAUUCGCAUGUCUGCUUACACGAAAACCGGCGAAGGGAAGAAGACAGAUCCAGUCGAAGUCAUCACUCCUGACGGAAUUGCUGGCAAGCCUUACAAAGUUCGUUUCCCAGUUGUUCGAACUGAUUUUGUUCAGGUCACGUGGCUGCCUCCGUUGCGGCCAAAUGGAGCCAUUGUCAGCUACGAGGUUCAACAUAAGCUUAAAGAUACAACUGGCGAUUAUAAUAUCGUCUACCAGCCUCGAGUUGGACCGAAUAUCCUAAGUGCAGAUGUGAAUGGUUUAAUUGGAAACAGAUACUACGUAUUUAGAGUUUACGCAAAGACGAGGCUUGGUAGAGGUAAUCCUGCGGAGGAAAUCGUCUUCACCACACCCAAUAGACAAGUGCCCGAAAGCCCGGUCAUGUUGCCCAUCCCUGUCUCUGAUGUCGAUGCAACGACCGUGUUGGUGAAAUGGAAGCCCCGCGAUGACGGUAAAAGCCCAAUACGCUCUUAUACGUUGCAGUAUAAUAAGCAACCGGAUGGCUGGAAGGAUUACCUUUCUAACGUCACUGGACGUGUUGACAUUGACGCGUUUGUCAAUCAGCUGCUUGUAACCAGACUAAUACCUUCGAGUUCUUACAAUUUUCGCAUCAAAGCGACUAACGAUGUCGGUGACAGUGCAUGGAGUCAAGCUUCAAAUACCAUCCUAACACACCAUGCAGCUCCAAAAGGUGCACCUAGGAACCUCAAAAUCAGACCCUUGUCUCCUAGCUCUUUGAGGAUCGAUUGGGAGGCUCCUACAUUCGAAGAUCUUGGAGGUUUGCCUGUUGAAUUUCUGUUGCGCUAUAAAGAGCAAAGCAGGUCCGAAUGGAGUGCAAGUCGCAGGUUACCAAGAACGCCUUUGUAUGCAGUGAUUAAAAACCUUAAAGGAUACACUAAAUAUGAUAUCUCAAUGGCUGCCAAAAACGAUCGAGGAACGGGUCCAUGGACUGAGAAAACAGGCAUCACCGGAGAAUCUCCUCCCACUGCAGCUCCGACAAACAUAAUAUUAACAGCAGAAGAUGCAAGUACAAUCAAAGUACGGUGGACCCCACCACUAACUUACACCAUUCGUGGAAAUCUCCUUGGUUAUAAGAUCGAGUAUCAGCGACUUGGCGUACGAAGUCGAAGAAGGCGACGAAGAUCUACAGAUUCGCUGUGCCCAGCCAAAGAUUUUAGCGUCAAAACGAAGUUCGCAAGCCCUUAUGUUCAAGAAGAGACAAUCAAGAAUGUUGGCAAAUUCUCUCGCUUUAAAAUCACCGUCAGAGCUUACAAUGGUGCAGGGGAUGGGCCGAAAAGUGGCGAUCGAUAUGUUAACACUCCUGAAGGAACCCCAAGUCCGCCAAUCAUCAUAUGGACAAGAACGUAUAUAAACGACAUAGAUAUUCAGUGGAAAAUGCCGUGCUCUCCGAAUGGUUAUAUCAGUGCAUAUCAAAGGAAGUUUUGGCAACUGGGUUCGUCUGAUGUGAAGACACAGGAGUACUCAUAUCAUACGCAUACAGACAGGAUGUCUGGACUAAAACCCUCAACAGAGUACAAAAUACAACUCAAAGCAGCAACCCGAGGGUAUGGCUUCGGUGAUGCUGCUGUUGUUACUCUGAGGACAAGAGGUCCCUUCCCAGGGCCUGUUCUCCCAGGUAGCCCAGGAAAACCAAAGAUAUUAUCCGUCACCGAAACUUCAGUCAAGCUGAGCUGGCAAGAAGGCACUGAUGGCAACUCCCCAAUUGUUUAUUACAAAAUUCAAUACGCGAAAUCAGGUGGAGACUGGAGGACUGGAUGGGAUGUUCGUUACGACCAGUGGGGACGCAAUGGCUCAAUAAUAUCUUACACCCUCAACAAGCUAGAUCCUGACACUCAAUACUUGUUUAGAGUUAUUGCUGAGAACCGAGUUGGCGCCUCUCUUGCAAGUGAUGCUGUCUCCUUAAAGACAAAUGUCGAGAAUAAAAAGCCAUUCCAUGCUGAACUCUGGUUCAUUUUACUGAUCGUUGUUGUUGCAAUUUUGAUCGUCGCUCUCCUGAUUUUGUUUAUCUGCCUCAAAAGAAGAAGAAAUGAAAAGAGCAAAUACGGCACUGACGUAACUCCUAAAGAUAUCAAAUUACAACAGCAGUCACGUGAUUUAAAAGUGCUGCAAAGUCAGCGCAACUCUGUGUUCUUGUCCGCGUACGGAGAAGAGACUGGAGAAGAGGCUACGGAAGACAUUGAGAAAGUGAAGUCGUCUUCGGACGUUUCUGAUGUUUCUCUUCCUAAAGACAUCGAGAAACGGCUGCGUUCGGGAACAGUAACAAUGCGAGAUCGUAAGAAUAAACUAGAGAAGUUAGACUUGAAGCCACUAGCUUUUGAAGUGCCAAAGGUUCCUGCUUCUCCAAAGAAAGUUGAAAGGCGAGCCCCAGACGGAGAGGAAGAGAUAAGCAUACAAGAUGGACUCAGCUCACCACUGAAAAAGUUUUCAAGAAAAAGCCACAAUGAAUCUCGAUUAUCAGGGCAUGGCGCUACGGAAACUAAACGUUUUUCAUCUUUUGGCUACGCAUCAGAGUCUGACGAGAAGUCGAGCCAAAUCGAUUCAGAUUCAGAAGUUCAGUACCCUACUGUUAUACGCAAAAAGCCGCAUCAGAGCCGCGAGGGUUUCGAUGAUGCUUCUUUUGUCAUGAACCCAAGCUACGAUGCAUGGGAAGACUCGAAUGCUAAUGACUACCAAGAGAAACGAAAGUCGCGGACCCCAAGAAAGGAGGUACCUUCUCCUAGGCAUUCUUAUGAAGAACACAGAAAUAGCCGGACAGCUCAAAGUUCCAGUGAUCUUAAUAGAAACCAAGACCGGUCUGAAAACCCAGUCCGCAGUGGGACCAUCUCACCAGAAGAUCUGAGAGCGAGGCGGGCAAGUCUGCGGAAAUCAAGAAAUCACGAGGACGAAUACAGAAAAGCACAUGGAUAUCGAAGUGAAGGUGAAGCUUCAGCAAGGGCACAUAAUAACAAGGUUGCUGAUCGAGUCAGGGCUCAAUCAUCAGAUGAGACUUCUGAUGCUCCAAGGAAUCUGAAACGAAAGUCCGUCAGCACCACAUCACUUAGAUAUAAUCAGUUUAGUUAUGAAGACAAUGAUGACGUUUUUGAGAGGGAAAAUGAGUUGGUUGACAGGCGAUCCUCGAGACACAGUUCCCAAGGAGACCUUCGUGAAAAAGAUUAUAAUCGAACAGGUGUCAGGCGGCGUUCUGGGAAAGGCAGAGUUCCUGGAGACAGAAGUGAUGACGAUCGACGAUCGCGUGGGAGUCAGCGCUCUUUAGCAAAUGGAGAUAAUCGAAGCGAUGAAUGGGAGGUUGAUGUUGACGUAGUGUCGGUCCCAUCGACACAGAGAGUUUAUCAUGAUGAUGAAAAUGAGCGUGAUUAUAGAAGACUUGUUAGGGAUCUAACUAAAGGCCGUUCGCGUACUAUGUAUGAUGAUGAGUAUAGAGACCGGGACAUGGCUGAUAAACGCGCUCGUUCAAAAAGCCAAAAAGCCACGGCACGAGCUAGUGACAAACCGGGCCUAAGCAGCUUUGAAUUAGCUAUGGUCAGAGACAGAAGAGAGAGUGGACAGCGGUUGUUAAACAGUGAUACGGCAUCAGUUGCGCAGUCAUCACGUUCACUUGCAUCACAGGCUUCCAAAAAACCAAAGUCGAAUGUCGACAGGAAAUCAACGAAAGAUCCCUUGGAAGAGCGGUCAAGUAGCACAAUGUCAAAGCAUUCCGAACCUUCCGACAAUGAUGCGGACAAGUCUGGUGAGGAGUCAGAGGAGGAGGGUAAGCUGAUGAGAGGAGCGGCCGCGGCGCCAUCAAUUGCCAGUCAUUAUGCAAAUGACCCGUUCUAUAAAAACUGGCGCAACUCUUUAGAUAAGAAAACGCGCAAGGCAAUUCUCACGGAGUAUCAUGAUAAAAAUAAAGCUGGAAAGCGUGAUUCUGUUGACAGCUUUGGCUCAAGACCUCACCGCUCUGCUUCAGAAGAAGGUCUUGAUCGCAUCGCGCGGCCGCGUGUUAGGCCUGGGCGUGCAGAUCUUUCGGAGAAGAAGAAACUUGCUCAGUCAGAUCCAUAUUUGAACCAAGAGCCAGCCCCAAGUGUGAGUUCGUUCACACCAUCUGGCGAAGGUGAUCGACCGCCAAGAGGAAGACCUGGAAGAAGGCCAAUUGACAGGGCGGCUGCCCGCUCGGAGCCAUCACUCAAUGCCCAAGAUUCUGAUUCAGAUCCAGAAAACGGCUUCCCGCCACCUUACGAAGAUGAGGGUGGAAGGAGGAGGAAGAAUAGUUUUCUGCGUGCAACAAAAGGGUCAGCGCAGAGCCUUCGAAAAGGCAGUCUGGACAAUCUGGAUGAUGCUGGCCGCGCUAAGAGAGAUCUUGUCGCAGAGCUUGAUAAGGCAGCAAAUUAUUAUACCAGGGCGCCUCCACCGUAUGAAGAAAACUCUGAUUUCGAAGCAGACCCUAGAUCUCCUCCAGCCUAUACACCGAGACAAGAUAGCAGCGAUGAUUCACGUCCUAAUGUUGGAUAUAACCGAGCGAAGAGAAAUUGGCGCCCGCAGCGGCAAAAUGGCGACCGGCGGGAUGUAUCGUCGCCGAUGGGUUCUAGGGACCCUUCCAAUAGAGAAGACGACGAUGUUGAUGGACCAUCACGGACUUCAAUGACGCUUGUAUGAAGCAUGUAUUGCAGUGUUGCAGAUGUGGAAAUAUGACUGAAGUAAGAUUUUCUGGCAGUGCAAACAGGAGCAUCAACUGUAAAGCUUCUUGUAAAAAAUAAUUUUAAAUGGAAGUCGGUUUAGCUUCUUGUUGCGCUUUUACCGCACAGUACGGACAUCAUGUGCAUUUAGAUAAACACUUCGCUUCAUUUUAAGGUGUAAUAUGUUGAGAAAGGAAUUUUUUCGUCCUUGUUGCCUAGUUAUAUAUUUUUAUUAGUAAUUUUCCACGCAUUCUUAGAUAUUGCUACUUUUGAAAAGUAGAGAAGAGACAUGAAACAAAGGCUCGUUAUUAAACUUGGAUUUGACUUAGCAGAUUUUGUACAUUGGAUUGGUUAUUGGUUAUGGCCAGAGCUUUCCAAAAAGUGUCGCCAUUUUGAUAUCAGCUGGCAGCCUCCUUCCUCGCGUCAGCUGCUGUGCCUAACACUCAAGGAGAUAACUGGCACCAGAUCUCUCUUAGAUAUAACUUUAAACACACUUUGUCAUGAAUAGUAAAUUGUGUAGAUGAUUUUGUUUUGUCUAUUGUAAUUUAGUUUGCUAUACAGCUUAACGCUUUUUACAGGCAUAAAUGUUAGAAUAAAUGAAAAGAUACCGGAGAUCCUAGAAUAACUUUAACAACCAUUCGCCUAAAAAUCAUCAUUGAUAAUCCGUCAAUGAAUUGCAUGGAUCAAUGAAUUUCAAACAUGUCCUUGCUCCAAACGUCGGAUUGCAACUGCACCGCACAAUGAAUCGCUUGUGUAAUUUACACAAAUUUAUUUUGCGCAAUCUGCUUGCAAUUUAGAAUGCGUGAUAUCUUUUACAAGCUCUCGUACAACGAAAUUAACCCUUGUCCUCAUCAACUGCAAGUUGUCCCUAUCCAUUUUACUGUACUUUGCAACGUGUUUGCCCUGCAGGAAUUAUCUUUUCCCUUUUUGUCAAAUUUUUAUGAAGUUCUUGCUUAGGUCGCACAGACAAAGAGACGCGAAGCCUUUUCUUUAUUUCGUUUUAAAGAGAUUUAUGUGCGCGUUCACUAUGACAGGAAACAACAGGAAACAACAAGAAACUAAUACAAACGAGGAGAAACGAUAAGAAAACAAAAUGAAACGAUUUGUCAUUUAGCAGAAACGACUAAUCUCCAAAACGAGGGAAGCUUGUCUAUCCACGUUUGCACGGUGAUCUUUCUUGCAGUGGCCUACGUGGUCGGUCAUGUCCUUCUCCAAAGCGAUCGCUGUUGUCUCAGAUCAAGUUAUGGAAAGCUCAGUGAUAUAGUUUUUUAUACAAAAACAACAGAAGCUAAAAUAACGAACUGUAAUAUACGAGAAAAACAAGCUGUAUAGGCUGAAAAUCUAGUGCUUCUGAACAAUGUUUGAAUGUUUCGGGAGAGGGCCUAACUCAAAGUUUUUUCACUUUCUUUUAGGUUGGUAACAUUUAGGUUGCAAUGAAUUUUUACUACACAAAUAACAUAUUAAUCACUAUCAUCAUAGCUAUUAAGGCAGGGUUUCCACUAAAUAAAUUAAAUUGCAGCCGCAGUUGAAUUUUUUCCUACUAAUUUCUGUAUAUUUCAUAGUCGUUUCUACAUGUUUCUGCUUGUUGCCUUGUUGUUUCCUACUCUUCUCUUGUUAUAGUAGCCACGGAUUUAUGUGGCAAAGAAUUAGUUUUAUGCAUCCUAUGACCUUAUUUAUCAAAGGCAAUGGUUUUGUCAGUUUUUAUGUUGAUUUUAUUUUCCCUCGUUAUUCUUUAUCUGAGUAAUCUUGUAUAGUGCAACCAGAGUCUCCCAAUGUUGAAAA